ACAGGCUGGCAAGCCACCACGGGCUGGACCGAAUGAGGCGCGCGCUUUUGCGCACUUUGUGUCUCUGCUCAUAUUUCACUGUUUUGGACACUGUGCGGACGGGAUAUAUCAUAUCCAUAAGGUUUAAUUGAAUAUUCAAGUCAAGACUUGUUUGUGGACUUGGAUAACAAAUUUCUGCGCUCUGCGUGCGUAAUUAAAAAUGAAUCCAUCCUGCGCGCGUUGUGGCAAAGUUGUCUACGCGACUGAAAAAAUAAAUUGCCUAGAUAAGUAUUGGCACAGAGGAUGCUUCCACUGCGAAGUGUGCAGAAUGCCUCUCAACAUGAAUAACUAUAAAGGCUACGAGAAGAAGCCCUAUUGCAAUUCGCACUACCCUAAACAGACGUUCACCAUCGUGGCCGACACCCCAGAAAACCUGCGCCUGAGGCAACAGAGUGAGCUCCAGAGCCAGGUCAAAUACAGAAAGGAUUUUGAGGAGAGCAAGGGGCGGGGAUUCAGUUUUGUUUUGGACACACCUGAGCUUCAAAGGCUGAGAAGAGCCCAGGAACAGAUAAGCAAUGCGAAAUAUCACAGGGACUAUGAACUCUCCGGACUGCAAGGGCUCUCUCCAGGGACGUAUGGACAUUACCUGGUUCGAUCACCCAUGAGACAAAACAAACAGGCUGGAAGCACGUCACCCAGAGGUCUGGAUCAAUACAUAACGGAGAUGGACCGAAAGCCAGGCAUCAUUGUAGCGCCUGUCCUGCCUGGUGCUUAUUACUCAAGUGGACGUUCACAGAGUCACAGCUAUAUGCAUCAGACAAGCAUGCAUUCCCUUCGGUCAAAGCAGCACAGAGCCUACCCUGUAAUGAGUGUGUACAGAGCUUUGUAUGACUACACUGCACAAGACACUGAUGAAGUUUCAUUUCGUGACGGUGACAUCAUUCAGUAUGCACAGCCCAUUGACGAUGGCUGGAUGUACGGGACUGUGCAGAGAACUGGUCGCUCUGGCAUGCUGCCAGCAAACUACGUAGAGGGCAUACGGUAAAGACUAUGCCUGCCGUUGCUUGUAUAUUACAAAUGUACAGGGGCCUGUUGAUAUACAGGGAUAUAUUGUGAUGUACCCAUUACCAUUUAUUGUCAGCCUAUGGUUCCGAGGCUUUUGUGAACCUUUCAGAUAUUUUAAGUGUAAUACUUGGUAGUUGCAUCAU